UCUUUAAUUAUCAAGCCCUUGGAGACCCAUUCGAGUGAAGUUGGAAAAGCCCAACAAAAUUCUCAGCAAAUACAUGAAACCUCAACAAAAACAAGACCAACAUUUAAAGUGACACCUACCUACAACGAUGACUCAAGAGCAAAACCAAGAUUUCAAAACAACAACGAUUUUUGA